AUGGCUGUAGUUAAUUUUAGCGUGUGUUUGGUGCUCAUGCUACACCAGUUUUCGGGUGCUUAUAGUGAUGAAAGUUCCUCGGAAUACGCAGAUCUUGGUUUCAUGGAUCUCGGAGGUAACGGACGCACAGACGGGCCGCGCAAGUGCCGACCGAUCGAUGACGUCACGCGGGAUAUUGAUCGGUUCGGUGACGUCACUGGGCCGAUCUACCGCUUAUCGGCGCCAUCUGAUAACGCCGUAUCGGGCGACUUGGCGCCUCGGUGCCCCGUUAAGCCGCAAACGCGGUUGUCAUCGCUUAGACGCGUGACGUACCUACGAUGUUGGAAAACGGAACGAUUCUAUUAUGUAGUUGAUUAUGAAAAAAUAUUCGGCCGACACGUGACCAUGAACGCUGUAAACGAUUGUCAACGU